AUGAAGCCGUUGGUGGCAAAAGUAAUCACAUCCUCUUUCGAACUGACCAAUAUGGCCGACGCUGCUGUCACUAUCAGAACUCGCAAGUUCCUCACCAACCGUUUGCUCCAACGUAAGCAAAUGGUCGUCGAUGUCAUCCACCCUGGACUCGCCAACGUCUCCAAGGAUGAGCUCCGUUCCAAGAUUGGUAAGAUGUACAAGGCCGAGAAGGAAGUUGUCUCUGUCUUUGGUUUCAAGACCCACUUUGGUGGUGGAAAGACCACUGGUUUCGCUUUGAUCUACGACAAUGUUGAAGCUUUGAAGAAGUUCGAGCCCAAGCACCGUCUUGUCCGCAUCGGUCUUGCUGAAGCUCCCAAGGGUGGUCGCAAGCAACGCAAGGAAAAGAAGAACCGCGAGAAGAAGUUCCGUGGUGUCAGAAAGUCCAAGAAGCCCAGAAAGGAGUAA